AAACUCUUCUUGCUGGAUCAGAGGCUUUAAAAUCUUUUUUCAUCUUCGAGCUGUAGCUCCGGCUGCUCAUCGGCUCGGCCUCCCCCUUCCCUUUGCUCUCUGCCUCGCCUUUCCCCGGGACUUUGCUAUUUUGCUUUAAAAAAAAAAAAAAAACAGGCAAGAAAGAACUAAAGUCCCCCCUCCCUGUUCUCCAGCCGGCCUGCACCUCUGUCUUGCACUUUGCACGGAGGGAGCGACAGAGGAAAGAGAAAAAAAUAAUAAUAAUAAAAAGAGCCAGGCAGAAGAGGAGGCGAGAAGCAUGAAGUGUUAACUCCUCCGUGCCAAGGCCCGCGCCACCCGGACAGCCGCCCGCCGCGCCUCCAGCCCCAAGCGGCCGCCGCGCGCGCCCCGCCUGCAGCCCGGCCGGCGAGUCGAGCCCUCCUUAUGCAAAGCGCGCAGCGGAGCGGCGAGCGGGGGACGCCGCGCACCAGGCCGGGCUCCUCCGGCUUCGCCGCCGCCGCCACCGCCACCGCAGCCCGCGGAGGACCUUCCCGAGCCUGAAGCCGCCGGCUCGGCGCGCACGGAGGCGAGCAGGCGAGGAGGGGCCGGGGCGAGCGAGCGAGCACAUUGGCGUGAGCCGGGGGGAGGGAGGGCGGGCGCGGGGGGCGCGGGCAGGGCGGGGGGGUGUGUGCGCGCUCGGAGGUUUCGGGCCAGCCACCGCCGCACGAGCUAGAAGCGCCCCAGCCCGGCAAGCUGGCUCACCCGCUGGCCACCCAGCACAGCCCGCUGGCCCCUCUCCUGCAGCCCAUCUGGCGGAGCGGCGGCGGCGGCGGCAGCGGCAGGAGAAUGGCAUCAGAACUGGCAAUGAGCAACUCCGACCUGCCCACCAGUCCCCUGGCCAUGGAAUAUGUUAAUGACUUCGAUCUGAUGAAGUUUGAAGUGAAAAAGGAACCGGUGGAGACCGACCGCAUCAUCAGCCAGUGCGGCCGUCUCAUCGCCGGGGGCUCGCUGUCCUCCACCCCCAUGAGCACGCCGUGCAGCUCGGUGCCCCCUUCCCCCAGCUUCUCGGCGCCCAGCCCGGGCUCGGGCAGCGAGCAGAAGGCGCACCUGGAAGACUACUACUGGAUGACCGGCUAUCCGCAGCAGCUGAACCCCGAGGCGCUGGGCUUCAGCCCCGAGGACGCGGUCGAGGCGCUCAUCAGCAACAGCCACCAGCUCCAGGGCGGCUUCGAUGGCUACGCGCGCGGGGCGCAGCAGCUGGCCGCAGCGGCCGGGGCCGGCGCCGGCGCCUCCCUGGGCGGCAGCGGCGAGGAGAUGGGCCCCGCCGCCGCCGUGGUGUCCGCCGUGAUCGCCGCGGCCGCCGCGCAGAGCGGUGCGGGCCCGCACUACCACCACCACCACCACCACGCCGCCGGCCACCACCACCACCCGACGGCCGGCGCGCCCGGCGCCGCGGGCAGCGCGUCCGCCUCGGCCGGCGGCACGGGCGGCGCGGGCGGCGGUGGCCCGGCCAGCGGGGGCGGCGGCGGCGGCGGAGGCGGCGGCGGCGGGGGCGCGGCGGGGGCGGGGGGCGCUCUGCACCCGCACCACGCCACCGGCGGCCUGCACUUCGACGACCGCUUCUCCGAUGAGCAGCUGGUGACCAUGUCGGUGCGCGAGCUGAACCGGCAGCUGCGCGGGGUCAGCAAGGAGGAGGUGAUCCGGCUGAAGCAGAAGAGGCGGACCCUGAAAAACCGCGGCUAUGCCCAGUCCUGCCGCUUCAAGAGGGUGCAGCAGAGACACGUCCUGGAGUCCGAGAAGAACCAGCUGCUGCAGCAGGUCGACCACCUCAAGCAGGAGAUCUCCCGGCUGGUGCGCGAAAGGGACGCGUACAAGGAGAAAUACGAGAAGUUGGUGAGCAGCGGCUUCCGAGAAAACGGCUCCAGCAGCGACAACCCGUCCUCUCCCGAGUUUUUCAUGUACCCAAGGGAAUCCUCUACAUCAGUGAUGUGAAAAAUCCAGUUGGCUGAAGUCGAAGAGUGCUAUACAACACUUGAUUUCAGAAAGGAACUUUUCAAAGAAAACACUUCAGACUGAUUCUGAGAUCCUGUGACAUCAGCUACCUGUGCUGUACUUUCCAAAAGAGACAUGAAUUAAAAUUACCUGUGUCAUCACCCACAAAUGUGCACUUGCAAUUAUUAAGUAGUAUAUCUCUGCCCUAGUAUCUGGCUUAGGAAAUUAUGCUCUCCGUAUUUAGACUCAUCCUUAUCUACUUUCCAGUUCGUCAAUACACUAUGUAAAUUCAUACCCCCCACUGUCAUUUCCAUAAUAAUGUCAGUAGUUAGUUGUUGGGUUCAGUUCUUCAUGUGUCUUUUCUGGAUCCACACACAGGCACCUGUGCAGGUACAUGAAACGACUCCUCCAUUUAAUAGAGGGGAAACUGAGGCAGAAAGAGAAAGUCACUUGCCCCAGAUCCUAUAGCUGGCCAGCAGUAGAGGUGAGAUUUGAAGCAUGGGUGCUUCUAACCAAAAUCAACGCCACCUUCGCACAUCCAACAAUAUUUACUGCUUAGUAAACGUGACCAUGUUGCUAUUAUUUCCAGGAGAGUGCUCAACUCUUCAUUCUGCUCUUGACAUGAUGCCGUCCCCAAGGCCACCCAUGAUGGAAGGGUGAUAUAGAGUUCAUGGCCAGUCCAUCCUUUUAAGAAUCAAUUUCCUUGUCCCAGUGUAAGCCAAGUUACCUCCCUUAACAUUGUCAUGAUCUUGUAUGAAAAUGAAUCAUUCUAAUUUAUAGACGUUUCCAUGAAAAUAGACUCCUCUGCUUCAAGUGUCAAAAAUGAUCUUAUCUCUUCUUGCAUUUUCAAAUGUACUUAAACUUUCCAGCUCCUCCCACACCAUUCCACUCCCUACAGAAAAUGGCUUAUGUAGUAUGCAUGCCUGGAAGGUUCAUUCCCUGAGUGGAGUUUCAGGAGGCUGUCCAAAUAAUACUCUCUUUGACUUUGAUUUUCCUUUGGGUGACAGGGCAAUAAUACUCAGUGUAUGAUGGCUUCCUUGGUUUAUACAGUGGACAUACACCAGUGCUCAUAGUAAUGGGACACUUUUGUCCUUUAAUUGUCCAAUAAGAUCAAGUUUUAGGGUCCAUGCAAUGUUCUGCAUCUUUUGAUAAUGAUGGUAGUGUUCUUACCAACUUUCCCAAAUGGAAUGAUAUCUUUAUUUUUGUUAUUCAUUUUUAAUUAAUUGACUAAAAAAAUCACCUAUAUUCAUGGUAUCUAAUCUGAUGUUUUGAUGUAUGUUUGCAUUGUGAAGUGGCCAAACCAAACUAAAUAACAUAUGUACUACCUCACAUACUUAUCACUUUCUUUCUUACCAUCUACUCUCUAUGACAUUUUCAAGUCUGCAAUAUGUGAUUAACUAUUCUACCCAUUGCAUUAUUCAACAGACCUCUUGAAAUUAUCUCUCCCUUUUGACUGAAAUUUUGUGUCUUUUGCCCAACAUCUCCCACCCCACUACCCCUAGUAACCACCGUUCUACUCUGUUUCCAAGCAUACUGUAUUCUAAAGUAGGUCGCAUAGAGAUGUUUUAGACUUAAAGAUAAACCAAAAAUAGAACAUUUUGGGGGGUGGGUUGCAAGGAUACUAAGAGAAAAAAAUGUAUUACUGGUAGGUUUUGAAUGUUUGCCAUGUUUUCCUGGUAUUUCUUUUUUCCCCUGUGCUUUGUGAAAAAAUAAGUCUCUAUCAUGCCAUGGAUGACUAGCUUCAGGGGCAUGGAACUCAUGCUGUCCAAUGGGGUCCCACACUAGGUUUAAUGAUCCACUGUUCCCUUCCUGAACUUCUGGAUGAUCCCACAUUGUCAUUUUGCACCAGGCCCUCACAAUUAAGCAGCAAGUCCAAUCUUGCAUUUACCAUCUUUCCGUCUUUUCUUUGUUUUUUGCAGUGAUGGGGUUUGAACCCAGGUUUCAUGCACACUAGGCAACACACUUUCCAUCUUUAACCACACAUGUCUUCCUCAAGUUUGAUUUGCUGACUGUUGAGGCCCAAAAUUGCUCCCAGCUUUUCGUGGUGUAUCUUUCAAUGUCUGUUCUGUCCUUCCUCCUGCCAGACUUACUUUUUUCACCUCACAUUAUUUAAGGGUAGCCCUUAAAACCAUGCAGGAAAAGAUGGAAAAAACAUUCGUUGAUGCCGUAGGAAUUAUGAAAGAAAACAACCAAUACAAAUGCAGGCCAAGUGGCCUUUUGAUGAGUGAUGAAGGACCCUGUCCUGUCUUCAGAGAGCCAGAGUCCCUGCCCCAAGAUGGUUUGACUUUGUACAGAACAAAAGAGGUCUUUGUAGGGCCUGUCACCACCAAGGCCAGACAUAAAGUACUGUGUGAGUGCCAGUUGCACCUAGUGUUAGGUCAGAACCUCUUUCUGUGAUUUCAGCAUUGCCAUUUUUGAAUCA